CAACACAACACAGCAGAAGAAGUGUGAACACUUCAGUAGAUUUACGGAUGCAGGGAAAUGGGUCUGCCUGAAUCUUGCUGACCUUUAAUGCUGACUGGCCCCUCCAGCCAUCUAACAACAUGCAAGGAUUCUACUCCAAGCUCGACUCCUCCCCUUCUUUAUCCCCCUUGUUGGGGCCUGGCCUCAGGGGAGAUGGUGCUCCCGUACCUCUCAGCCUGGCUCUGGAGACGGAGAGAGCUCAGGCCCUCCUGCAGACUUUCAGUUCCGCCUCCCUGCUGGCGUCGGCAGGACUCGGGAUGUUCUGUGUGGUGGCAGACCACGCCCUCCAGCUGUCUGUCAUACAGCAACACUUGUGGCUGCGUGCUGUCUUGGACAACGCCACGCACGGAUUGGUGGGGCUGUGGUCAUGGGCAGUUGUUAUUGGACUGAGGAAAAAGAGCGAUUUAUAUGAGGUGUUACUCGCAGGGCUCCUGGCAUCAAUCAUAGACUUGGACCACUUCUAUAUGGCUGGAUCCUUAUCACUCAAGGCUGCUGUCUCACUCCCUCAGCGUCCACCGCUGCACUGUUCCUCUCUCAUUCCCAUCAUCUGUCUCACUCUCCGCUUCCUCAUGUGGCUCGGGCGCCUCAAAGACGCUUGGUGCUCCUUGCCAUGGAUGCUUUUCAUUUCCAUGGCGACACACCACGUCCGGGAUGCAGUGCGCCACGGCCUGUGGGUGUGCCCAUUCGGCAACACGGCACCGAUCCCAUACUGGUUAUACGUCAGCACCACGGCAACGCUCCCUCACCUGUGUUCAGUGCUCAUGUACCUGACGGGAACCAGAGAUGUGAUAUCCACUAAACACGGGGUGGCCAUCGAUGUUUAAGGCAUCACCAACUUUGGAUCACCUUUGGAUAAAAAUGUUCUUAGCUAUUUAAAAUAAUUAUCAAAUACCUUUAAAUUCUGAAGAACACGUAUAUAUGGCUAUGAAGACAUUUUUCAGUUCAUUUGACAUAAAUAAUGAAAACUUUUUGUUUUCUUUUCUCACAAAAGGAUGAGAAAGCUCAUAUUAUAAUGAAAAAAGUAAACGUAUGACUUUUCAUUGGUGGAGAUGGCUGUAAAAUACUAAAUUAGCUUUUUGAAAUGGGAACAUCCCAAUAUAAGUGCCAAUCACUGUUUUGUUUUGUUUUUUUGUUUGUUUGUUUAUUUUCCUUUUCAUGGCAUGGAUUUGUAUCAGAAUCCUCUUCAAUAACCUGGGGACUAAAUGUAAAGAUGUGAACCCUCUUUUUACUCAUAUCUUUUUUACCAGGGCUUGCCCAACUGUUUGCUCACCUACACAACACCUCAGAGACACUUUUACUGUCACUGUCCAGCCUCAUUCAAAGGGCGCUGAAGGAAACGUCAACCAAAGGCAAAAUCAACUCCAGGCUCUGCGAGACUUCUUUCAGUUUCACUCUUAGUGCACCUCAAAACUGUUUUUCUUUAUAGUAUGUUAAAAAUCUACUCACAUACGGUUCUUUAUUUCCCAUGUCUAUUACCAGCAGCUAAACAAAAUGUUGUCUUUGGCUGUUAAUGCUUAUAAUAUCCAGCAUGUCAACACACUGCAACGUUCAUUUUCCUGCCUGGAGAAGCCUUAAUGUGCACUCAGUCAUAACUUUUCCUGUAAUGGUCAGUUUUUAGAAAUCAGUUUGUAGUGUGUAGGGUAAGUUGAGCCAGCCACAGAAAUGGAUAACAUCAAGUCUCAUGCUGGUGUUUUUUUUUUCUUCUUUUUUAAAAUUUUUUAAUUUUACUAAAAAUUAUUUUAGCAGCUUGAUAUGGCACCUGGAUUGUUUUGAUUUUGCUGACAUAGAUACUUCCUUAUUCCAAAGGUGAACAGUGAGUUAUAUGUGGCUCAGAGGCUUCUUUACUGUGCACGUCAAUCAUCACAGGAAGGGAAUGAAUCCUCUUUUAAGACAUGCUGUAGUAAAGAUGCUCAGUUAGGUUUUGGCUUCCUGGUGUUAUGGAUGUCUUUGACGGCUUCAAGCUCGGCCCUCGUCGUUUGAGCAAAAACUGUGACGGACGAGUAAAGUCGGUGUGAUUCGGUGUCCUGACUGACAUCUUGUUUUUACACUAAACAUGAGCAGAAAAGAGGACAGCAUGGAGUGAAACUUGAAAAAAGUUGAGUUUAGAUUUAGUUCAUCAAAAUGGAAGAAAGGGGACAUGCUGUGUUAAUUAUCUGUGCAUGGUUCCAGCAUUUUUCCUCCCAUAAUGCUGCCAUAUUUAUAUGGCUAACAGUGUGAGGUACAGUCUAUAUCAGGGGUGUCCAACUCCAGGCCUCAAGGGCCGGUGUCCUGCAGGUUUUAGAUAUCACCCUGGGUCAACACACCUGAAUCAAAUGAUUAGUUCAUUACCAGGCCUCUGGAGAACUUCAACACAUGUUGAGGAGGUAAUUUAGCCAUUUAAAUCAGCUGUGUUGGAUCAAGGACACAUCUAAAUCCUGCAGGACACCGGCCCUUGAGGCCUGGAGUUGGACACCCCUGGUCUAUAUGCUGACAUUUAGCUUUUCAGCGGUGAAACCGGGGUUUGCAGGACUGUUUGUUUUCACUCAUUAUAAUUACUUUGCUGCAUUAUCAGCAGCAAAGAUAUACCACAUAUAGAGUUUUUGUCAUUACACUGUUUUUAGAUGUAGACCAAAUACAUAAACACUCAUUAACAGUAUUAUACACUGGUAUGAUGCUUAGUAAUGUUGUAUUAUAGUGGGUUUAGAAAUGGGUAUUUGAAUGUAAGCAACAUGCGUUCAGUAUAAGAGAAGGUGGACUUGAAUUGUCUGUUUCCAGAUGUAAAACAGGGAUACAUUUUUGUAAAGCUGGUGCUUGGUGAUUAAGGUUGUAGUUGUGCCUGUUGUCCACUAGGUGGCUACUGUAGUUUCACUUUUGAUGAUCUUUAUUUAUUUAUUUAUUUAUUUAUUUAUUUCUAUUAGUAAGUGGAGGUAAGUCAGGAAUAUUUAGUUGUGAUUGUGAAAUAAAAUAAUGGAUGAGGGGGAGAAAGUUUGAAAAGUGCUCAUUGUUUGGGGGAAGAAAAACAAACAAACUUGCUGGUACAUAAUAGUUUGAAGUGCUCUUUUUUUGAUUUAUUACAGGCUUGUGUGUUUUGUUGCUACUUUCUUGGAAGGGUCACAGAACGGAUCGGAAACAACUGUUUGAGUAACAGAAGCGUUGAGUAACACUGGAGUUUUGAAAAAAAACAAAACCAACAUAGAAGACAAAGGCAUUGUAAAGCUUUGCUUAUGACUACCAGGAUGCGGAAAAACAGCUUUAACAGUGGCAAACAGAGCACCACCCUCCACUUUACACCUAUUUAACUUGAAGUUUAGUGCUUAUGGAAGGAAUUUACACGCUGGCUGUUGUCCCACUUUAACUGCCAGUGUCAUUUUCUCUUUUAUGUUUACCUUAUGACUUUAAGUGUUGGAUUUUGCACUAUUUAAGUUUUGUGCUUUAAAAUAAUGUUUUGUAUUUUUGGACAAAUAUGUUUUUGUUUAAUAGUAAAGUAUAUAGUAACAAGAUAGUUUUAAUGUAGUGCUAUUUUAUCUCAAUAAAAUGUAU